CUGCAGAAGAGAGAAAAACAACCACAGUCAGCCAUGAGUAUAAGCCAAGCCUCCAACACCACAGAGAGCACAUCUGUGACAGAGACCCUCUCUUCCUUCACCCCAUCCCCCCCUUUCUCCCCCUCCCCCUGCAGUAUUGAUGAGUCCUACAAGUACAUCUUCCUCCCUCUCUGCUACUCCCUCACCUUCUUCUUCAGCCUGACGCUUAACUCCGUUGUCCUGGUGCGCUCCUGCCGUCGCUAUGGUGGCUGUCGCCACGGCAGCCCCCGCCGCUGGACCACGUCUCUGAUCUACAUGGUGAACCUGGCAACCACGGACCUGAUGUACGGCCUGUCUCUGCCCUUCCUGGUGGCCAGCUACAUGCUGCAAGACCGCUGGGUGUUUGGAGACUUCAUGUGUCGCCUGGUGCGUUUCCUGUUCUACUUCAAUCUCUACUGCUCCAUCUUCUUCCUCACCUGUAUCUCCGUCCACCGCUACCUGGGCAUUUGCCACCCCAUGAGGACCAUCACCCUGGAGAGCAGGCGGGCUGUGAGGGGGACCUGCGCCAUGGUGUGGGUGGUGGUGUUCGUGCUUACGUGUCCCAUCUUUAGGUUUGCCCAGACGGGGUAUGUGGUGAGAGGAGGAGGUGGUGGAGGGAGGGCAGGAGAGCGAGGGAAUGGAUCUGAGGAGGAGGGGGGUGGAAAUGUAGUCAGUGGUGAGCCGAAUGUGUUUGUGAACUGUUGGGAUGAUGCUAUUGAUAAUGAGUUUGCAGAAUACGUCCCGUACGGCCUCGUCCUGCACCUACUGGGCUUCUUCGUCCCAUUCACCAUCAUCGCAUGGUGCUACUCCCAGGUAGUCAGGACCAUCUUUAGGACCCUGCAUUCCCCAUCCAGCUCCCAGGUGGGGGGAGACGAAGAGGGAGGUGGUGGGGGGUCAGAAGGGCGCAGGGAGAGAACGUCCAUCUCCAUCUCCAGCUCACAGCACUCCCAUUACAUUCGCAGGCGCCGCAAGUCCAUCAAAACCAUCAUCACCAUCACUCUGCUGUUCGCACUCUGCUUCCUCCCCUUCCACGUUACCCGGACACUAUUCCUGCUCCUCAGGAGGGGUCAGAUGGGAGGAUGCAAUGCCAUGAAGACAAUCUCUAUCUGCUACAAGGUCACUCGGCCACUGGCCUCCUGUAAUGCCUGGCUGAACGCUCUCCUGUACUUCCUCACUGGAGACAAGAGUGUCCCCUGCUGUGACACGGCCAGUCGGCAUGACCACCACCGCAACCCCUCUCUCUGGCCACUGAGGAUCCUGAGGAAAGACAGAGUGGGAGAGAAGGAGGAGGUGAAGAGAGAAAAGAAGACAGAAAAGAAGGAGGGGGAGAUUCGUCGAGACAAUGAGUCAAAGUCUUCUGGGAUUGUCUUUUAG